CUUCAGUGAAACAGGACUACAAAAACUUAGCCGAAAGAUUGAUCUCUAUCUAUGCUCUGAACACAUUAGAACAAGCCAAGAAGGCACCUAGGGAUAUGAUGUCCUAUCGUCUAAGAAAAUUGCCCCAAAAUGCCAGACAACUAUAUGAAACCAUAUUGGGCAUGUCGAAUAUCAUGGACAAAUACAAAGAUCCUUUGGAUAUGAAUACUGUUUUGGAUACAAUUGACCUCGCACUGAUUUACGAGAAUGUAGAUAAGCGGGAAAGGGAGAAUGGGCCUCAUCUGGAGUUGCAAUACGACGACUUGGUAGUCAAGGAAUUACUACAUUAUUUCAAGAACUCGUUUUUUAAGUGGGUAAACAAGCCAGAGUGUCCUCUUUGUCAUAGCGAAAGUAAUGUUGUCGGUCUCGGAGGAUCUCGAUUCAGUGGGAGCCUGAAUCCGGACCAGGUUUCAGUCGUUGAAAACUAUCAAUGCCGUGAAUGUAAUAGUAGAAUCCAGUUCCCUAGAGUUAAUAACCCUGUUUCACUCUUGAAAACUCGUAGAGGCCGAUGUGGAGAAUGGGUCAAUUGCUUCACCCUCAUACUCAGAGCCAUGAUUGCAGAAGAUAGAGAUAGAGUCAGAUAUGUUUGGAACAUGGAAGACCAUGUAUGGUGUGAGUACUAUUCGUAUGGGUUGAAGAGGUGGGUCCAUUUAGAUCCCUGUGAAGCUGUAUUUGAUGAGCCUCUACUCUACUGUAACAAUUGGAAUAAAAAGAUGAGUUUUGUCAUUGGUUACAACGACAACUAUAUAAUAGACUUGAGUUCGAAAUAUAUCACAGAUUCCAACCAAAUCGACAAAAGCACCAUAAUUCCGUCUUUGAAACAACUUCUGAGAUUUAUCAAUGCAAUAAAUUGCAAUAAAUUGCUUAGGUAUUACAAAUGUUUGGAUACCGCUUCACAGGAUGAGAAAUUAACCAAAUGCUACAAUGAUGUGAUAGUUGUUCUCAAUCGUGAGCUUUUGCAACUUAAAGACCACAAAGUAACGCCCACAAUGACUCAAGAAUUGCCUAAAGGUAGACAAACAGGAAGUUCUGAGUGGACCAAAGAAAGAGGAGAGGACGGAAACUAACUGAUGGUUCGCAGUUUUAAGUAGAUAGAUUAAUAAAUGACAUUGCGAC